UGGCUUGCUGUGCGUCGUGCCUCCCUCUUCUCCCUCCCAGUCCUCUCCCCUCCCUUCCCCAGGUCCCUCCUUCCGUCGUCACCGAGUGGUGUAUAAAUCCCCUUCUCUGGCAUAUCCCCCAGCACGGCGGGACGGGAGACCCUGGCACUUUGGCCCCGGACACGAGCUGCUGCCACUGGCCUUUGGGUGCCUGGGACUUUGCGCUCCUUGGUCCUGCCGCCCAGUCUCCGCUAGCUCGUUUCCCAGGGGCUCCCGGGCGUUGCUUGGUGGGUAAUUCCUCUGCUCCCGCUGCCGCACCAGCCAGGAUGUCGGAGAAACGCGCGGAAGAGGCGCCGGCAGAAGUGGGUGCCAAGGACCUGAAAGAAAAGAAGGAAAAACUGGAGGAGAAGACUGUCUGCAAAGAAAAGAAGAAGGAGAUAAAAGAGGAUGAGGAGAAUGGUGCAGAAGAGGAAGAGGAGAAUCCUGAGGAUGUGGAUGAAGAAGAGGCAGGAGAAGAGGAUGAAGAUGGAGAUGAAAAUGGGCAGGAGCAAGACGGACAUGCAACAAAACGAUCAGCAGAGGAAGAAGAGGAGGAUGAAGCUGAUCCAAAGAGACAGAAAACAGAAAAUGGGUCUUCAGCCUGAGUUUUCUGUUCCCACCCUCUUUUGCUACAUCCAUCUCUCCUCCCUCCAUUCCAGCCUAUGCUUGCACUGUCCAUGUAGCCUCUGACUUCAUAUAAUCUCAGAUACGGAAGGAUUAGAAAUGCUCUCAGACAGGGAAGAGGGCAUGGGACUAAGAUUCCCUUCCACCCCAAUGUGUAGCCUUCCUACAAUGCUCCCAAAUUUGAGGUUACUCACUCCCUCAAUCCAUUUCCAUGGCUGACUAUUUCUGCACAACCCCCCCCCCCCAAAUAAUCCCAAUAAUCCUAAAAAUGAUGACGCCUUCUUCCAGUAAGAAAUCUGACAUAUCCCAACUUCCAAACUCAUCCCACAACUUUUUCACUUGCCACCUCUCUCCAUUAAUUUGAUCAAUAUCCUCACCUAUCUAUGCUUCUGAGACCUGCCCUCCGACAUCCUCUCUGGGGUACGGAAGGUUGAAGGCAGGGUUCUUCUGGAGAUAUUUCCCUAUUCUAAGCUCCAAUGCAUCUUAACUGCUUUCCAUCUGAACCCUCUGAGAGAGAGAAAGAAAGACAAGGAAUGUUACAUGAAAACUUUUUAUUAAAGCACACAUACAUGCAGAAAUAGUUUAACAUUAAAAAAAGUUUACGUGACAGGCAAGCUGGCCCCAUGAAUUUUUCUUUCCAGAACAUAAAGGUUGUUUUUAUCUAUACAUUAAUCUGUGUUGCAGUUUCUCUUAUUUUUGGGCUUUUUUUUUUAAAGAACAAGAAAUAAUUAGGGACCAAAUUUUGAUUUUCAUCCCCCUUUGAGACUACUUUGUUGCUGUUUUUGUAAAUUAAAGCCGAUCCAACUGCGAUAUUUUCUAUGGCACAAACCAUCACAAGGGUGAUAGAUAUAAAUAUAUAUAUUGUUUUCAAGUAGCACUGUAAAUAAAUGCAUUUAAAAAAAGA